AUGCCACAUUUGAACCCCAUGGCUACAAGUCGGGAAGCAGCAGCCCCAGCAACGGACAAGAUCAUUUCACAGGCAAUACCGGUAGCCUCUAACAACACAUCUCUCUCGACAUACCCCCCUGCUUUUGACCAACCUGCUGAUGAGCGCACCACCUCUCUAAGCGCCGGGACCCCACACCGCUGGGUGGCCCCGCAGCCCAGAGAGACUCCCUCCAAUGCCCACUACGACCUCAGCAUUAUGGUCUUGUGCCGACGCGGUCUUGUCUCGCACCCCUCAGUCAUCACCUUGUAUUAUCUCACUCAGCCCCCACGCGUGUUGCACAACGACCUCGAGCAUGCUGCACCUGCAAAGACCUCGCCAAGCUCUUGCCAAGCUCUUGCCAUACGCCUCGCAAGCAUCGACCGCACGGACCACACCACGAGCAGCUCUGCGAUAUGA